AUGUCUGAGAUGUUUUAUGCUAAGAUGGACGAGUUUCAGCAGGAUUUGCAAAAAAAUUCUGCCGCAAAUGGAGUUCCUCAGGCUAGAGAUGGAUCGACAAGAAAUGCGAAGCAGGCGGAAGAUGGAAGGAUCUUACACGGCGUCCCUGAAGUGAAGACGGAAGACCUUGCUGCGCGCGUCACAACAGUGUUCGCUGAUCAUUUGGAUUUGCCAAACUUUUCUAGCUCGAGCAUAAAGGCAAGUUAUCGUCUCGGCCGCCCAUCGGAACAGACC